UGAGCGGUGCCUGUUUCUUUUUUUAAUCUUGAUUGUGAGGAAUACUGAGGCUGAUCAAAAACAUUACGCGUUAGAAGAGAUCAUCUAAUCGUCGUAAGCGUUCAGCCUCAAGAUUAGCGCAAGUCGUCGUAAACGCGGACGAUUCAGCUGGAUAUCGUCAUCGGGAUCAGAAAUCCCGCAGCUCCCACUCUCGGAGCGGAAAAAGCGCCUGACACAAUGGCAGGUGGCGUGUAAUGUUUCCCUCGGAGUCGCUUGACAGGCUUUCUCUCACCUUCUUCCGCGGCGGCGGUGGAGCCCUAUAGCACCUGUUCUCUGUCUUGGCUUACAACCUCCUCCGAUAUCCUGUUUUUAGCUUCCGCCCUGGGUAGCUUUGACCUACUUGAAUCACCCACGCAGAUCUCAUGUUUUAGUACUGUCUCUCAUCAUCUCCCCUUGUCUUCUACCGUCAGUAAAUCUUGGCUUCUGUUUAGAAAAGAAUCUGAGGCAUUUUCCCUCCCCCAGCUUUAAACUUGAUAUCUCGCUUUUCUCUCCCCCGCGUUCCUCUUUGUACAAAAAGCUUUCUGCGCCCUGCAUACUGUGUCCCAAACGCCACUAUUGUAGAACCUCUUCCUCCUGAUCUUGACCUGACUCUGCGCAACCUUUUCGUUUUUGUUUGCUUCUUAUGUUCUGUUGGUAAAGAACAUACUCGCUGUUGCAGAGUUUUCGUACUCGAAGGGCUUGUUGACUUUUCUCUGGAUAGUGUCUGGUACACAUCCUCCUCAAAUCCUCUCUGUCAUCAAGCCUACAGCACCAUCACCAACAUCUCUUCAAUUCAUGCUCUCUCAGAGAAUUGAACCAACAAACCGGAACACCUGAAGACUAUAUACUUCUGAAUCCCAAACAUUUAGUUACGUGAUUCUGCAUACAUCCUUGACGCCAAAAUGCCAGUCCUCAACCUCAGUGAGCUCAACAUCGUGUUGGGAGUCUUGGGUGGCUUCAUGGCGUUGUACGGUAUCAUUUCUGUGAAGAUCAAGCAGUCAUGGUACCUUGGAGAAGCUUGUAAGUUAUACUGAUCAUUCCGGAUUGAUGGUUACUGAUGGUGUUGGUGCGUAGUGCCUGCUAUGGUGUUUGGCAUCAUUCUUGGACCCGUAUCAGCCAAGUUUCUCGAUAGCGAGAGAUGGGGUUCGGCAGAGCCUGGUCAGACUGAGGACAUUGCUCUGGGCCUGAUGCGAGUUGUCAUUGGUGUCCAGCUCGUCAUCGCUGGUUACUCGCUGCCAGCAAAGUACAACGUGACUCGCUGGAAAGAGUUGCUCAUGUGUCUGCUGCCAAUCAUGACCCUCAUGUGGCUUUUAACAACGGGCUGCAUUCUUGCUACCAUUCCCAAGCUUAGUCUUCUUGCUGCACUGGCCCUCGCAUCGUGCGUUACAUGCACCGACCCUGUCCUUUCACAAGCUGUUGCAAAGGGUCCUUUUGCGGACAAGUAUGGUUCGCGACACCUUCGAGAGAUCAUUUCGUCUGAAGCUGGUGCCAACGAUGGAUUCGGCUUCCCGUUCCUCAUGCUUGCUGUUUACUUGAUGCGACACGCAUAUGAACAUCCUGAGCAGAGUGGUGCCGAAGCUGCGCACCUUGCUGUACGUGCCAGUGAGGAAGUCGGUCGUCUCGGAGGUGGUAUCGGCGAGGCCAUGAAGAACUGGGUUGUCGAGACUUGGCUCUACUACGUCGCCAUGGGUAUCGCCUACGGUGCAGUCGUCGGUUUCACUUCAUGCAAGGCCAUCAAGUACGCAAUGCGUCGAGGAUGGGUCGAUGAAGAAUCCUACCUCCUCUUCCCCGCAGCCCUCGGCCUCUUCAUCAUCGGCACAACCGGCGCCAUCGGCACAAACGAUCUCGUCGCCUGCACCGUCGCAGGCAACAUGCUCAACUGGGACGGCGAAUUCCUCGCCGAGACGCACCGCCGCCACGAUGAAGUCAACCACUGCAUCGACGUGCUCCUCAACUUUGGCGGUUUCAUGUUUAUCGGCAUUGUUCUUCCCUGGGAGUCAUUCCACGACCCCGACGGCACUGGCGUUACGCUGCCCAGACUCAUCGGUCUUGGCUUCAUGGUCCUUGCGUUCCGACGCAUCCCGGCCAUUUUGUUACUGUACAAGGCCAUGCCUGCUGUUGUCAAGGAUUAUAAGGAGGCGCUGUUCAUGGGUUAUUUCGGGCCUAUUGGCGUCGGCGCCGUCUUUUACCUUGAGCACAUGAAGCACUUGUUUCCCCAUCCCGAAGACGCAGACCAAGAAGAGCGUGAUCUUCUCGCCGCACUCGGUCCAGUCAUCUACUUCCUCGUCUUCUUCUCCAUCGUCGUCCACGGCCUCUCAAUUCCUCUUCUCGACUUCGUCUACCGCAAGAGAGGCGUCGAGCCUAUCCAAGACGACGCCAUCUCCAUCCGCCGAAAGUCAUUCACCUCAGCGACGCCCGUCAACGCGAUCGCCGCUGAUGAAGAUAACUUUAUCGCGUUCAACCGCUUCAGCAGGCCUGUCGACGAGAACGGAAUUUUGCCUGGUGAGAUCCCACCUGCUAUUUUGGCGAGGAACGAGUUUGCUGUCUUUUCUGGGGAUCAUUCGUCCGAGGAUGACGAGAGGGAGAGGGAGGAGCAGGAGAAGAGACGGCAGAGACGGACGAUUCAAUACAUGGUUUAGAGUUAGCGUAGCAUCAUAGAUUUGUGUACAGCGUUGCAUUUUAGAAUUUAGCAUGGAGUUGGUGUUUUACCCGUCGUCAUCGCGAUGCAUCGUGAUCUGUUGUUUCACCUGAG